AUGGACAAAGCUCUUCUAGCUUUAUCUCUCAAGGAUGAUGAUGAUGCCCCUUUCGACUUACCUGAUCUUCCUCAGUAUUUCGCCACUGAUCGUAAUGCAUGCAGCAUCAUCGGACGCCUUCUCAACCCAGAACUACAGAGGAUGGCUAAAUUGAUCUUCGAUCUGCCUAGGAAAUGGCAAAAGGAGGUUCUAGAUAAGGGUAUGCAGACUUUUGAUGAUUGGGGUCUCGCCAUUGAACGCUGGAUUAAGAGGCCUCCUCUGGGACAUAUUGAAGAAGUGGCUUUCGACCCUGAUAAACCGCAAAGACAAGAUUAUGUAAGGGUUAAAAUUCGCUUUGAUGUUUCCCAGAAAUCAAAGAUUCUCAAUCUUCCGGGUGGUGGUCAGUCAGUGAUCUACUACUACUAUGAAAGGGUUCAAAAGCGCUGUUACCAUUGGCAAAGGCUCACACAUGCAAAGGAGAGAUGCCCUUUUCUAGCACAUGCUUUAAGAUCUAAUGUCAUUUCUUCUUCUGGCAUGGCUGUUUCUCGGCCUUCUUCAUCUAAUCUUCACCUGUCGGAGAGUGAUCCUCUGUUCAGUGUUUUGAAAGAAGAUCAAGUAGGAAUAAACUCCGCUUUGGGUCGUACUCGCAUUGCCCCUGAAGUUCUCGAAGAAAUGCGUAAUUAUCUGAGAGCUUCGAUUUCUGAAGAUCGUCAUGUGCGUGAACAGAGAGUAAUUUCCUCAGUCAAAGAAGCAGAAUCAAAUCCCAUCACUCAGAGAUUGGUUCUGCAACUCGAACCUCCUCCAGUGUUUACUACAGAUUUAGAUAAAGGCAAAGGGAUUGUCUUUAACUUCGAUAAAAACGACAAGAUGGAUUGUCCUUUCUCUACAAGCUCUCAACCAAAACUCAUGGCUUCUGCAAUCUCUUCUGGACAUUCGCUUUUCAGCUCUACUACUGACGUCUUCUGUAGACUCUCCAUUCCGUCCUCUCAAAGCUUGAUGGACCAAAGUUCAAGCUUCCCUAUCUUCUUCAGCGCUGGAGAUUCUGAGUCUAAAGAUACGGGCAAAAGGAAACCAGGUACUUUUAAAAGAAUGUAUAUCUCCAGGAAGAAGGCUCAAAAGGCUCAGAUCUCUCUCGAAGUUCAUGACAAAUCGGAAGGAACUGUUAGCAAGAAAAGGAAGGCAGAAGUUGAAUUGGUGGGUGCAUCGAAAGCUGCUAAGAGCAAUGCAUCAAAGAUGGUCCCGCGUGAGGGACCGUCCAACUCUUAA